CAUCGUCUGAAUUCGGCACGCCUGCACGCAACAGAGGUAUGCCUCCAAAGCAAGGGAAGGCACAGAGGGGGGGACAGGCCCAGUUGGGGCCCAGCGGAAGCCGCCAAAAGCCCGGCCAUCAAGCACAGAACAACGAAGCGCCGCAGGAGGACCCCCUGGUGGCCGUCAUUCUCGCCGACUCGUUCGACUCGCACUAUGCGCCGUUGACCAUUGAUGCUCCUCGCUGCCUGCUCCCGCUCGCCGGUGUGCCCCUGAUCGAUUACAGCGUCGAAGCUGCUGCGAUUGCGGGAGCACAGCACGUGUAUGUGCUCUCAUGUGCUCAUUCUACGCAGAUCAAGCGCUACGUCACCGAGGAGCUCGAGACCAAGCUCCAUCUCAAAAUGCAAGGCAUCGGUGUGACGGUCAUGUCGACGCCCGAGGCGAGAAGCACAGGCGAUGUCAUGCGAGAGCUUGAUGCCAAGCAGGUCCUCCGCUCCGACUUUCUCCUUUUCCAGCCCGACUGCGUCACCAACCUCGAUCUCCGCAGCGCCGUGCAGAGGCACAAGGAACGGAGAAAGGUGGACAAGGACGCCAUCAUGACGAUGUGUGCCACGCGGGUCAAUGAGAGAAGCGCGAUCAGAUCAAGAGCCGAGCAAGCUAUCCACUAUCUCGACCCAACUACAAGCCAGGUGCUGCACUACGAGACGCAGUACCCGCAUUCAUCGCAACCGACCAAGCGUGCGACGCUGCCGGGAGAGCUGCUACAGUUCGAUGACAAGUCGGGUCAUGCCGACAUCGAUGUGCGCACAGAUCUCAUCGGAGCAGGCGUCGACAUCUGCAGCAUCGACGUGCCGCCGCUCUUUUCGGAGAACUUCGAUUACCAGAGCUUGCCGCUCGACUUUAUCCCCGGCAUCCUCACGUCGGACCUCUUGGACAGCAAGAUCUUUGUCGAGAUCAAGAGCAACGCAUACAGCGCGCGAGCAAAGGAUACGGUAACCUUUGAUGCCAUCGCGCAAGAUGUCCUGAGGAGAUGGACGAGUCCCAUGGCACCUGGCAGCAGCGCGUGGAUCGGCGGCAUGUAUGCGGAAAAGCCUGGCUGGCGAUACAUUGGCGAGGGCGUCAAGAUGGACCGCACCGUCACGCUUGGGAACAACGUCAUGGUGGGAAGCAAGACGACGCUCGGGACCUCGUCAAGCGCGUCGAGAAGCGUCCUGGGCUCCGGCGUCACCGUCGGAUCCUCGAGCAGCAUCACAGGGUCACACCUCUUUGACAAUGUCAAAGUGGGCUCAAAUUGCCACAUUGAAAGGUCGAUCAUCGGCCAAGGCGCCCAGAUCCUUGAUGGCGUCACACUCGGAAAGGGUUGCCUGAUUGGCGGUGGAUGCAUCGUAGGACCCAACGUGAAGCUGGCCGCGGGGACGAGAGUGGGGAGACGCAGCAUCAGCGACGUCGAGGAAGACGACUGGGGGAGCGAGCAGAGCGUCGAGGGGAGCAGCGCUCCAGCCGAUGCCGCCCUUGGAAGCAAGGCAGCUGGCUACCUGUGGCCCAACGUCCUGUCGCACCAGUCAGAGGGAGGAAAGGGACAGGGAUCAGAUGAGGACGACUCCGAGGAGGAGGAAGGAGACGAAGAAGAAGAUCUUGCCACCCGUCGCGUUCGUGCGCUGGGCUAUGAUGAGCCGCGUGCCGCAGAGCAGACCCGAGGAGACGGCAGGGAUGGAGACGAGGACGAUGAGAGCGUCUCGUCCAUCGAAGGCGACAGCGAGCUUUCUGCUUCGGACGGUGAAGACGACGACGACGAUACCAAGUCUGCUGUUUCCUCCACCAUUUCUGGUGUGGGCAACAUCAACCUGACGCUUGACGACGCGGCCGACACGGCAGCGGAGCAGGCGCAGCGCAAGUCGCAGCUGCAGGAGUUCAAGAACGAGGCCGUGGCGUCGCUGACGCGGGCCUUUGACGAGGGUCACACGACGGACAAUGCAGCGAUUGAGCUCAAGACGCUUCGUAUGGCCUCGAACGUGGCCCUGGCCGAGGUCCGGCGCAUCGCCAUCGACUUUCUCCUGCAGCGCUGCGAUGCGAACAAACCAAAGGACGUCGAGGCCUUGCUGAAUCGAUGGGGCCCACUGCUGGCAAAUGUGGCCGCUGACGACCAGGUCGAGGCCCUUGUCAUGGUCCAGUCUUACUGCGCCAGCCAUCCCGCCACGCACGGAGCGCUGUUUGUGCCGCUGCUCAAGAAGUUCUACAAUGACGAUGUCGUGUCCGACGAAAGCAUCGUGGCGUGGUGGAGAGCAAAGGAGUCGCGGAUGGGAAGCGAAAAGAUGGUCGAGCUGAGGCAGCGGGCAGAGGGCGUCGUCCGUUAUAUCCUCGAAGACGACGAGGACGAGGACGAUGAUGACGAAGAUGACGAUGACGAAUGAAGACUAUCUUGCACUGCACCAAGGGCACAAUUUUAUUCAACAAUACAACGAAAUUCCAUCAUAUUCAAGCCUGAGAGAAGAGCUUCCGAGGAUAAGGAGAACAUACAGUGAAGUGACAACCUUGCGGUCAAGUGUAAUCGUGUUCACAUUAGUCGAAGACCUGAGAAGAGAAGAACGACCAAUUGGGAUGGUCAGCUGUCGUCGUCUCGAGCAGGCUAGCCACUCUUUCCCCUCAGACUCACAAUGACGUUCCUAAACUGGGGCUUGCCCGUCUGCGUCUCCUCGUAUGCAUCGUGGGCCUUGUCGAGAGGGAAGGUGUUGACCAUGGCCUUGAUGCCGCUCAGGCUGGA